UUCGUCGAUCCCACGCGCUUCUUGAUUCGUGCUGUCUUUGUCAUUCAUCGUGUCCUCAUCUACUUCUUCUUCAUCUUCAAAUCGCUUCUUCUUUUGUCUGUUAUCUUCUUCUGUCACAUUGAAAAUCAUCACACCGUUUCUUUGUUUCUCAGUUUUCCCAUCGCAGUUGAAUCUAUUGUUCGGUUUCCCAGUUCUUUGUAACCAGAAAUUAGGGAACCCAACAAUGGCUCAAGCCGUUGAAGAAUGGUACAAGCAGAUGCCGGUUAUCACGCGCUCAUAUCUCACAGCUGCAGUUGUCACCACCAUCGGAUGCUCCCUCGAUAUAAUUUCUCCUUAUCACCUGUACUUGAAUCCUCGAUUGGUGGUGAAGCAAUAUCAGUUUUGGCGUCUGGUUACAAAUUUCUUGUACUUUCGUAAAAUGGACUUGGAUUUCCUGUUUCAUAUGUUUUUUCUUGCACGUUACUGCAAGCUUCUUGAGGAGAACUCGUUCCGAGGGAGAACUGCCGAUUUCUUUUACAUGCUUUUAUUUGGUGCCACUGUAUUGACUGGAAUUGUUCUUCUCGGGGGGAUGAUACCGUAUUUGUCAGAGUCGUUCGCAAAAAUAAUAUUCCUGAGCAACUCAUUGACGUUUAUGAUGGUUUACGUGUGGAGCAAACAGAAUCCCUUUAUUCAUAUGAGUUUCCUGGGCCUGUUUACUUUCACUGCUGCCUACCUUCCAUGGGUUCUCUUGGGUUUCUCUGUACUCGUUGGUGCCAGUGCAUGGGUGGAUCUACUGGGAAUGAUUGCUGGUCAUGCAUAUUAUUUUCUUGAAGAUGUUUAUCCUCGGAUGACAGGUCGUAGGCCACUGAAAACACCAUCAUUCAUCAAAGCACUGUUUGCAGAUGACCCAGUUGUUGUGGCACGGCCUGCCAAUGUCAGAUUUGCCCCCCCACCAGCUGAUGAACUUCACCAAGAUUGAGUGAAUGGACAUGAAAUUGAUAGAGGAUUAGCAACGGAACAGCGAAGCGGUUGACCGUGUAAUAUAUUGAUUUAAAACAUCCUUUUUCUCCUGCAUUUGUUAAUUAUUAGGAUUUAAGGGGCAAUAUGUCGAAUGUCAGAGUUUUAACUGAAUGAGUUCCUUUUCUUUCAUUGUAGUUUGUCAGACACCACUCUGUAGAUAUGAUAUUAAUAUCCCCUUUUUAUUUUUAUAUUUUUGA